AUGAGAGCGGUUACAAUUUCCUUGUUUGGAUUUCUUCUUGUCAUCGCAGCCACCAUUAUUAGCUUUUGUGAUGGGAAUUCCAAUGUACUUUGCAUUGAAAGUGAAAGGCAAGCUCUUUUGAAGUUCAAGCAACACCUAAUUGAUCGAUCAAACAGGCUAUCUUCUUGGGUUGAAGGUGAGGAUUGCUGUGAAUGCCUUGGUGUUUUAUGCAAUAACUUGACCGGCCAUGUCAAAAUGCUGCACUUGGGGCUUAGUAGUCCUUAUGAGGAUGCGUCAGAUGCUGAAUGGGAUGCUUAUGUUGGGUCAAAGCUAGGAGGCGAAAUAAAUCCUUCUUUGAUCGAGUUGAAACAUCUCAGUUUCCUAGACUUAAGCAACAACGACUUUGGAGGUCUGUCGAUUCCCGAAUUCAUUGGUUCGCUGAAGAGUUUGACAUACCUUAACCUCUCUUCGGCAAAUUUCCAAACGCCAAUUCCCCAUAAUCUUGGAAAUCUCUCAAAAUUGAAUUAUCUUGAUCUUGGACACAAGUGCCUAUUUGAAGCUAAAACUCUUCAAUGGGUUUCUGUUCUUUCGUCUUUGCUGUAUCUUGAUUUGAGUUAUGCAAAUCUUACUAAAGCAACUGAUUGGCUGCAGGCAACACACAAACUUCCUUCUUUGGUGGAGUUACACUUGUCAGGAUGCUUUCUAAAUAAUAAUCCAUCUCCAAUCAGUGUUAAUUACACAUCUCUUACUGUUCUUGAUCUUUCCAGAAACACGUUGUCUUCGGUACCUACAUGGAUAUUCAGUCUUCGUAGUCUUGUGUCCAUUGAUCUUAACUCUAAUGGAGUUGAAGGUGUGAUUCCCAGUGGUUUUCGAGACAUGUCUUCUCUCAAAUUUCUUGAUCUUAGCUUCAAUUCAUUCUCUUCAUCAUCGACACUCAACUGGUUGUCUAAUUUAAACCGACUUCAAUUCCUUGGUCUUCGUGGUGUCAGCCUGCAAGAUAACCAGCUUGAAAUUAUAGAACCCAAAUGUUUGGAAAGUCUUUGCAAUCUGAGAGAGAUGGAUUUGUCAAAUAAUGGAAUUGAUCAAGAGGUAUCAGAAGUCAUAGAGAGUUUGUCUAGAUGUAGUUUGGAUCGAUUAGAAUCAUUAAAUAUUGCAUCUAACAAACUUUCUGGCCAUUUACCUGACCAACUUGGCCAAUUUAAAAAUUUGGUAUACCUUUCCCUCUCUGGAAACUCCAUUUCUGGUCCCAUUCCAUUCUCAAUAGGGAAGUUAUCAUCAUUGAAAGUUCUUGAUGUUUCACACAAUCGAUUGAAUGCAACUCUCCCUCAAAGUUUAGGACAACUAGGGAAUUUGGAACAUUUAGACGUUAGCAAUAAUAUGUUGGAAGGAAAUAUAUCAGAAAUGCACUUUUCUGAUCUCACGAGAUUAGAUUAUUUUUCGCAUCUAACAACAUGUUAA